AUGACUCUAUGUUUCUCUGGUUGUCAGGAAUAUAGGAUGAUGACAGGGAUGCACACCGUUGUCGAUAUUUACUGUGUCAAAUUCGGCUCUUGUGUUGGAUGGAGAUAUGAGGUUGCUUUUGAGAAGAAACAAAAGUACAGUGUUUGGGGUCCAGAUGGGAACAAUUACUGGGUGGCUCAAGAAGUCGAAGCCGAAGAAAGUGAUACUGAUCAUGCUUGA